AUGCAGAUCCGGAAAAGCAUCAAGCGUGUCUUCCACCGCUCUUCGAAUUCGUCGUCUCAAUCUUCGGACUCAUCACUCUCGAAAUCACAAGCUACUUCCGCGUACCCAGCCCAUCUGUUCUAUCAGCCAGGCGAGAAGAUGCCAACGCCAAAAUACCGGCGACCGGUAGCCAAAGAACACAAGGAGAGGCUAGAAGCGUUCAACUUUGCGACAGCCUGGAAAAGGAAGAGUCAAACAAGCCUCUACAGCCCCAUGGGUAGCCGCAUGCCAAGUCGGCGGAAUAGCCACAACUUCACGAGGACGCCUCGAAGAAGCUUCUCUGAGAUGCGUAUGGAUGCCAACGUCAAUGAGGGAUCGGACGAUGAGGGCGAUGUCUCCAAUGGUCUGUCAAGACGCCAUUCAAGAGACUACCCUAACCACUCGACAUCUGACAUGGCUUCCACGGUUCCAGACUCUCGCGACCAAUCCGACGCCGCCAUGAGCAGUGGUCACAGCCAAUCGUUCACCGCAGAAGACCUAACUCUGGCAAUUAAAAAUUCGAACAUGGCUGUGUCGCGAUGAUUGAACGGCCACAGAACUUCUUUUAGUACCACAAUCACGACCCAUCGCAACAACGUUUUUUCUACAUUCCAGAAUCAUGCCACGACUUAAGCAUUUACACAGGCGUUCUGUCAGCAUUUCAGGCGGUCUUUCUGAGUUCUUCUUUAUCGCGUGCAUUGUUGGGCUGGCCGGCGUACCCAAUACGAUGCACACUUGCACCCCAACGGGACCAGAAUGUCUUUGUGCCCUGUCCCGCCUUGCAUAUCCGCACCCUGUCAGCAGUGGUGAAACGGCGCGGCAUGCAUCUCGCUCAAUCAUGCCAGAGCCAGUCGGAAGAUGUCGGGGCCUUUUUUGGCAAGGCGAGGGCGAGCAAAACUUUACUUUCUUGUUCAAUCAUGCUUUUUGGCUUGCAUCUUGGGCUGCACAUCGCGGCCU